AUGUUGCGAUCGAUUUUUGUACGAAACCAAGUUUUAAACGAUGCCUUGAAAAAAUCUAUACGGUCAAACCUCUCAAGGUGUAUGAGCACAGAACUGUCGAAGAGGAAACUUUCUCACAGAGUCUUAAGUGCUCAGAAUAAGAGAGUAUCGGCCGCACCACAAUGGACCAUCCAGAUAAGGUAUUAUGCCGACCUGCCAUCUCACUCAAAGGUGAACUUACCAGCUCUGUCACCGACUAUGGAAAGUGGGUCUAUUAUCAACUGGCAGAAGAAAGAGGGGGAAAAGUUAAGUGAAGGUGAUCUGCUCUGCGAGAUUGAAACAGAUAAGGCGACAAUGGGUUUUGAAACACCUGAGGAAGGAUACCUGGCUAAGAUCUUGAUCCCAGCUGGAACUAAGGGUGUACCUGUUGGCAAGCUCCUGUGUAUCAUAGUAGGAAGUGAAUCCGACGUAGCUGCAUUCAAAGAUUUCAAGGACGACUCACCGCCCGGCGCAGUCAGGCCGCCUGUCAAGAAAACAGCGGAAGCUGCCCCAGCACCCGCGGCGGCCGCCCCGGCCCCGGCUGCAGCGGCCCCCGCCCCGACUCCGACUCCCGCCCCUGCUGCCGCCGCGCCCCCUCCCGCGGCCCCUGCAGCACCAGCAGAUAGCGGACGGGUGUAUGCCAGUCCCAUGGCCAGGAGACUCGCUGAGAUCAGGAACAUCAGGCUUGGUGGAGAGGGUUCGGGACUGUACGGUUCGCUGAAGAGUGGGGACUUAUCAGAUGCUCCAGCGGCCGCGGCAACGCAGGCCUUCGCUCCCCCGCCCAUGCCGGCGCCGGGCGCCACCUUUGUGGACAUCCCACUGUCCAGUAUGCGCGCCACCAUCGCCAAGCGACUGUCCGCCGCCAAGCAGACCAUCCCUCACUACCAGCUGACGGCUACUGUCAAUGUUGAGAAGACCAUUGAGAUGAGAAAGAAAGUCAAUGAGAGGUUGGCUGCUGAGAAGGCUGAAGUUAAGGUUUCAAUGAACGACUUCAUUGUAAAGGCUGUCGCCGCGGCUUGCAAGAGAGUACCUACAGUCAACUCGCACUGGAUGGACUCUUUCAUUAGACAGUUCAGCAAUGUAGACGUGAGCGUAGCAGUAGCGACCCCUGCAGGUCUGAUCACGCCGAUCCUCUUCAACUGCGACUCGCGCGGUAUCAUCGAGCUCUCCAAGAACAUGAAGGAGCUCGCCGCGAGAGCCAGGGAGGGCAAGCUACAGCCUCAGGAAUUCCAGGGAGGCACUGUCACUGUUUCUAACCUUGGAAUGUAUGGUAUCACAAUGUUCAACGCAAUCAUCAAUCCUCCUCAGUCGUUAAUCUUGGCGUGUGGAGGUCUCCAGGAAUUAGUUAUCCCUGACAAAAAUGAACCCCAAGGAUUCCGUCUGGCCAAAUUCGUGACAUUCACGGCUUCAGCGGACCACAGAGUGAUAGACGGCGCGGUCGGCGCGCAAUGGAUGAAGGCCUUCAAGGAGAACAUCGAGGACCCCGCCAACAUGAUCCUCUGA